AUGGCGUCCAAGCUGGCUGAGCUGCGGGAAUCCGCGGGCAACCGCCUCUACGAGGAGGUCAUCGAGGAUGGCACCGAGCAGCACAAGACGGUCCACCGCAUCCGCGCCAACUCGACCAUCAUGCAGCACAAGAAGCUUCUCGUUGCCAACCGUGGUGAAAUCCCCAUCCGUGUAUGUCCACCCCACCGAAUGACCAAGACGAUGAUCUUCCGAACUGCCCACGAGCUGUCGCUCCACACCAUCGCAGUCUUCAGUCAUGAGGACCGCCUCUCUAUGCACAGGCAGAAGGCCGACGAGGCAUACGUCAUUGGCAAGCGCGGCCAGUACACCCCGGUCGGCGCCUAUCUGGCUGGAGACGAGAUCAUCAAGAUUGCCCUCGAGCACGGCGCCCAGAUGAUCCACCCUGGCUACGGUUUCUUGUCCGAGAAUGCCGAGUUUGCGCGCAACGUUGAGAAGGCCGGCCUGGUUUUCGUUGGUCCCUCUCCCGAUGUCAUCGACGCUCUUGGCGACAAGGUUUCCGCCCGAAAGCUGGCCAUCGCAGCCAAGGUCCCCGUCGUUCCCGGUACCGAGGGUGCGGUCGAGACCUUCGAGGAGGUCAAGGCCUUCACCGACGAGUAUGGCUUCCCCAUCAUCAUCAAAGCCGCCUACGGUGGUGGUGGCCGCGGUAUGCGAGUCGUCCGCGAACAAGCUUCCCUGAAGGAGUCCUUUGAGCGAGCUACCUCCGAGGCCAAGUCUGCCUUUGGCAACGGCACCGUCUUUGUCGAGCGCUUCCUCGACAAGCCCAAGCACAUCGAGGUCCAGCUGCUCGGCGAUAACCACGGCAACAUUGUCCACCUGUACGAGCGUGACUGCUCAGUCCAGCGGCGACACCAAAAGGUCGUCGAGAUUGCCCCAGCCAAGGAUCUGCCUGCCGAGACCCGCGACGCCAUUCUCAAUGACGCUGUCAGGCUCGCCAAGUCCGUCAACUACCGCAACGCCGGUACCGCCGAGUUCCUCGUCGACCAGCAGAACCGCUACUACUUCAUCGAGAUCAACCCGCGUAUCCAGGUCGAGCACACCAUCACCGAGGAGAUCACCGGCAUCGACAUUGUCGCCGCCCAGUUGCAGAUUGCUGCUGGCGCCAGCCUUCAACAGCUCGGUCUCACUCAGGACAGAAUCAGCACUCGUGGAUUCGCCAUCCAGUGCAGAAUCACCACCGAGGACCCUGCCAAGGGUUUCCAGCCUGACACCGGCAGAAUCGAGGUCUACCGGUCUGCCGGUGGCAACGGUGUCCGUCUCGACGGUGGUAACGGCUUUGCCGGCGCUGUUAUCACACCUUAUUACGAUAGCAUGCUGGUCAAGUGUACGUGCCAUGGAAGCACAUACGAGAUCGCCCGCCGCAAGGUUCUCCGCGCCCUCGUCGAGUUCCGUGUCCGUGGUGUCAAGACCAACAUUCCUUUCCUGGCGUCUCUCCUUACCAACGAUGUGUUCAUUUCUGGUUCUUGCUGGACCACGUUCAUUGAUGAUACCCCCGAGCUGUUCAACCUGAUUGGCAGCCAGAACCGCGCGCAGAAGCUCCUGGCCUACCUCGGCGACCUCGCCGUCAACGGCAGCAGCAUCAAGGGCCAAGUCGGAGAGCCCAAGUUCAAGGGAGACAUCAUUCUUCCCGAGCUCCUGGACCAAUCUGGCAACAAGCUCGACGUCACCCAGCCUUGUACCAAGGGAUGGAGGCAAAUUAUCGUCGAGCAAGGUCCCGCUGCCUUCGCCAAGGCUGUCAGGAACUACAAGGGCUGUCUGUUGAUGGACACGACUUGGAGAGAUGCUCACCAGUCUCUGCUGGCUACCAGAGUCAGGACUGUUGACUUCCUCAACAUUGCCAAGGAGACCAGCCACGCCCUCUCCAACCUGUACAGUUUGGAGUGCUGGGGAGGUGCCACUUUCGAUGUCGCCUAUCGGUUCCUCUACGAGGACCCCUGGGACCGCCUCCGUAAGAUGCGCAAGGCUAUCCCCAACAUCCCCUUCCAGAUGCUGCUGCGUGGUGCCAACGGUGUUGCUUACGCCUCGCUCCCCGACAAUGCCAUUGACCACUUUGUCAAGCAGGCCAAGGACAACGGUGUUGAUAUCUUCCGUGUCUUUGACGCUCUGAAUGACAUCAACCAGCUCGAGGUUGGUAUCAACGCCGUCCACAAGGCCGGUGGUGUCGCCGAGGGUACCGUGUGCUACUCCGGUGACAUGCUGAACCCUACCAAGAAGUACAACCUCAAGUACUACCUUGGUCUUGUCGACAAGCUCGUGGCUCUCAAGAUUCACGUCCUGGGCAUCAAGGACAUGGCUGGUGUCCUCAAGCCCCACGCCGCUAAGCUGCUCAUCGGCUCCAUCCGUGAGAAGUACCCUGACCUCCCCAUCCACGUCCACACCCACGACUCGGCUGGUACCGGUGUCGCCUCUAUGGUUGCUUGUGCCCAGGCCGGAGCUGACGCCGUUGAUGCUGCCACCGACAGCAUGUCUGGUAUGACCUCGCAGCCCAGCAUCAACGCCAUCAUGGCUUCUCUGGAGGGCUCCGACCUGGACCCUGGUCUGAACGUCCAUCACGUCCGUGCCCUUGACACCUACUGGGCUCAGCUGCGCCUGAUGUACUCGCCCUUCGAGGCUCACCUCACUGGACCGGAUCCUGAGGUGUACGAGCACGAGAUUCCUGGUGGUCAGCUCACCAACAUGAUGUUCCAGGCUUCUCAGCUCGGCCUCGGCUCCCAGUGGGCCGACACCAAGAAGGCUUACGAGCACGCCAACGACCUGCUUGGUGACAUCGUCAAGGUCACUCCCACAUCCAAGGUCGUCGGUGACCUGGCUCAGUUCAUGGUCUCCAACAAGCUGUCUGCCGAGGACGUCAAGGCCCGCGCUGGCGAGCUUGACUUCCCUGGCUCCGUCCUCGAGUUCUUCGAGGGCAUGAUGGGCCAGCCGUACGGUGGUUUCCCCGAGCCGCUGCGCACCAAUGCUCUCCGUGGCCGCAGGAAGCUGAAUGAGCGCCCGGGUCUGUCUCUCGAGCCUGUUGACUUUGCUGCUGCCCGCAAGGAGUUGAUCCAGAAGUUCGGCGGCCCUAUCACUGAGUGCGAUGUUGCCUCGUACAUCAUGUACCCCAAGGUCUUCGAGGACUACAAAAAGUUCAUCCAGAAGUACGGUGAUCUUUCCGUCCUUCCCACUCGCUACUUCCUGUCCAAGCCGGAGAUUGGUGAGGAGUUCCAUGUCGAGCUCGAGAGGGGCAAGGUCCUCAUCCUCAAGAUGCUUGCCAUCGGCCCUCUGUCGGAGAACACUGGUCAGCGCGAGGUGUUCUACGAGAUGAACGGCGAGGUCCGGCAGGUCGCCGUCGACGAUAAGCACGCCGCCGUCGAGAGCGUCAGCCGGCCCAAGGCCGACCCGCUCGACUCCAGCCAGGUCGGUGCUCCCAUGGCCGGUGUCCUGGUUGAGCUCCGUGUCCAUGACGGCACCGAGGUCAAGAAGGGUGACCCUCUUGCUGUUCUCAGCGCCAUGAAGAUGGAAAUGGUCAUCUCGGCCCCGCACAACGGUCUGGUCUCACAGCUGGCGGUCAAGGAGGGAGACUCUGUUGAUGGCUCGGAUCUCGUCUGCCGCAUUACCAAGAAGUCUUGA